CUCCUGACAUAUUUCGUGAGCACUCGACACACCAACUUCCUCCAAGUCUGAGAGAGAACACAGACGAUCAAUUAUUGAACACUCUUGUUCUUGAAUAGGAGAUUUUCUUUCUGCUUCUCUAAUUUGGGGCUGAAUUAAAAUGGCGACCGUCACCUCCUCACACAUCGUAUCUCGGAGCUCCAGCCAUGGAGCUUGUGUGUCAGAGACUAAGCACAGUUUGGCCCAAAUAAGCCAGAGGAACCAAGCCAUGUCUCACAAUGGCUUGAGAUCUCUCAACAACUUGGAUAUGCUGAGGAUUAAGUCUGCCAAUGCCGUUGCUAGGCAAGCCGUGAGGAAGGUUGAGGACCCCCGAAACGACAGGAAUGUUGGCCAGAUUGUCUGUGGACAUGGGAUGUCUGUGGUCUUUGUUUCAGCCGAGGUUGGCCCGUGGAGCAAGACUGGUGGACUUGGUGAUGUCAUUGGUGGAUUGCCACCGGCAAUGGCUGCUAACGGGCAUCGGGUUAUGACCGUUUCGCCGCGGUAUGAUCAGUACAAGGAUGCUUGGGACACUUAUGUGCUAGUUGAUCUAAAAGUUGGUGAUAGGAUUGAGACCGUUCGCUUUUUCCACUGCUUCAAGCGAGGAGUUGAUCGUGUGUUCAUUGAUCACCCAUGGUUCCUUGAGAAGGUGUGGGGCAAAACUGGUUCUAAAAUUUAUGGGCCGAAGACAGGAGUGGAUUACAAGGACAACCUGUUGCGCUUCAGCUUGUUUUGCCUGGCUGCUUUGGAGGCCCCAAGGGUUCUAAACUUGAACAGCAAUAAAUAUUUCUCAGGACCGUAUGGGGAGAAUAUUCUAUUCGUUGCCAACGACUGGCACACUGCUCUUCUUCCGUGCUACUUGAAAUCCGUAUACCAACCUUUAGGGAUAUACAAAUCUGCCAAGGUUGCAUUCUGUAUACACAACAUAGCCUACCAAGGAAGAUUUGCCUUUGCUGACUUUGCACUUCUCAAUUUGCCCGAUCGAUUCAAGAGUUCGUUUGACUUUAUGGAUGGGUAUGACAAGCCUGUAAAGGGAAGGAAAAUCAAUUUGAUGAAGGCUGGAAUUUUGGAAGCACACAGGGUUGUAACUGUGAGCCUGUACUAUGCCCAGGAACUUAUUUCAGGAGAAGCCAGAGGUUGUGAAUUGGACAACAUCAUUCGUAUUACUGGCAUCAGCGGUAUUGUAAAUGGCAUGGACGCCCAGGAUUGGGAUCCAACCACCGACAAAUAUCUCAGUGUCAAAUAUGAUAUCACAACUGUAAUGGAUGCAAAACCUGUGUUGAAGGAAGCGCUUCAAGCCGAAGUCGGUUUGCCUGUGGAUAGGAGCAUUCCUGUCAUAUGUUUCCUAGGUAGACUGGAGGAGCAGAAAGGUCCAGACAUUCUAGCAGCUGCUAUUCCACAGAUCAUUGAUGAGAACGUUCAAAUAAUAAUGCUUGGAACUGGCAAAAAGUACCUUGAGACGAUGAUUGAAGAUCUUGAGAAAAAAUAUCCUGACAAGGUUAGAGCUAUAGCAAAGUUCAACACCCCCUUAGCUCACAUGAUGGUGGCUGGGUCCGAUUUUAUCGUGAUCCCAAGCAGGUUCGAACCAUGUGGUCUUAUUCAGCUGCAAGCUAUGAGAUGUGGAACAAUCCCUUGCACAAGCUCAACUGGAGGACUUGUUGACACUGUCAAGGACGGUUUUACAGGAUUCCACAUGGGAAGCUUUAACGUUGAAUGUGAGAAAAUUGAUCCAGCUGAUGUAACUGCUGUGGCAACAACUGUCAAGAGAGCUCUUGCAACACAUGGGACUCCUGUCCAAAACAGGAUGAUCAAAAACUGCAUGGCCCAGGAUCUCUCAUGGAAGGGACCGGCUAAACAAUGGGAAAAGUUCCUGUUGGACCUGGAAGUUGCCGGAAGUGAACCGGGCAUUGAAGGGGAAGAGAUUGCCCCUCUUUCCAAAGAAAACGUUCCUACUCCCUAAGCUCCCUUGUAUACCGUUGUUUUCUAGUCUACGAGUAAUAGUAAGUUAACCUCUUAGAGGGUAUUAACAGACCCUUGCUCACUUGAUUCCAGUUUCAAGUGAGCGUGAUGUUUUGUGUAUAAAUGAGCGCUGUUUCUAGUAAAGAAUGAUUUAAGUUUUCAAGGAUAAUGGCAUUUGCAGUUCUAAAUUGAUGUAGCGAACAUAAAAAACUAACAUGAUGAACCGCAUGUUAGUUUUUUUCAGUUGUGAAUACCUGAAGAUGCAGUUUUUUUCAGUUCUUCCUUCUGCCCGUUUUUAAGUUCGGAGCAAGUAAAUAAGAUGUGCACUCCUUCCA